AAUUUAGAGGAGAAAAGACUCUGAGCUGGACAUAAAGCUGUUGGACUAUUUACUCUCAGUUGUCAGUGUGCGUGAGAGAAGAGCCGGUGGUCAUGGCUGAGGACGGGUCUGUGUCAGAGGAGACUGUAACAAGCGCUCUGACUCUGUUGGUCAACUUGGGAAAAGUCCUCCUGCAGUCAGCCAAACAGGAGGCGGAAGACUCCUUGGAGAAGUUUGUCCCACAUAAGAUCACCACUUUAUUAGGCCUGAUCAGUGCUGGAGCAGACUUCUACAAAAACCUUGGAGUGAAGAAGAAGAAUGAAGCAGAGGACAUUUGGCAGAAGUUUUAUCACCAUGCAGCAGUGAGAGAACAGGUGGAGGAACUCCUGGAGCUCGAGAGUGAGUGGGACUCUUUCCUGGAGAGUGUGGACAGGGGUCUGCAGACGACAGACAGACAGCUGUCUGGAGGAAAGAUGGCCGACAGCCUGAACCCUGAUACUCCGUUCACUGAUGCACGAAGUGGAAAGAGUGUGACCCUGGGUCAGUACAUGCAUCCAGGUCAGAAGCCACUGCUCGUCCUCAUCCGACAUUUUGGAUGACUGCCGUGACGAGACCACGUGGCCGAGCUGAAGGCUAGUCAGGCUGGCCUGGAGGCUCGGUCAGUGAAGGUCUUGGUGGUUUCUUUUGGCGGUGUGGAGGGAGCUAAGGUGUGGUUGGAGCAGACUGGAUCUACCUUUGACAUGCUGCUGGAUCCACAGAGGAAGGUAUACAGGAGUUUUGGCCUGGGCUCGUCCUACAGCAAGGUGAUGAAGUUCAGCUGCCUGCUGAAGUACUCAGAGUACGGAGCUGUGGACAGAGACUUCCCUGAUGUCCCCGCUCAUCUGCUGGAAGAUAUCUACCAGAUGGGAGGUGACUUUUUGCUGGACGAAGCAGGGAACGUCCUUCUUUCUCACCCGUGUAAAACCCCGAUGGACCGGCCCACUGUGAAGACCAUCCUGCAGGCCGCCGACCCUCCAGGCUGCUCCACCAACCACAAGCUGUGAGAGAUGUGUCAACACUGGAGACACUGACAACGGGAGUUUAAGUGGUUCCCCUUUUGUACAACAUCACUGACACCACAGAGGAAGAGCAGCUCUUUGACUCACGUUUAUGACGUCACAUGUCACACUCAUGACACCAUGAAGAAAUGUGACCGAUGCAGAACUUUAAGUCAAAGACAACUGAUCUCCUCUGUUGUGUCAGUGUUGUGAUGGGAGUAUUUUCAAGUGAUAAAACCUGAUUACAGUGUAAUUUUAUAAUAAUGAAUUUUAUAUCAUAUACAUGUUAUUUAAUUUUUUAAAACACUGAUUUUAGCAAUGUUACAUGUGAUCUGUAACAGUAUGGCAUUUAUUAAGACUUUACUUUAAAGGUGCAUUAAGCAGCUUUGCAGCUUCAGUUGCAUCCUUUGUUUCUAAAUCUUUAAGGUACAUAUUUCGAUAAAAAUGCACUUUGAGAUAAAAAAAAAGAAGAUAUGAUUCCUGCUGUGAAAAGAAAUCUGAUCUGUUUAUAUCUAUAAAUACAAUAAGCACAUCAUUUGUCACGUACUGUUAGCACAUUUAUGCUAAAAAUCACUUUUACUCAACAGAACUUGUGAUUUCUGAUGAGUCGGGCUGGGUAUCAAACCUUAAUACCUUUUUACAGCUGACUGAAAUGUGUCCAUAGCACAUGAGUAUCUAAAAAGUUAAGUACCAAAAACUUGCAUCCAAUAUUUAAAUAUGUAAUUUAUAUAUAUUUUUUGCCAUUUUGGACAAAGUUACUGUAUAGUUCCAUGUAAAUGACAACAUGGAACAUUUUAGAAUGUCUACUUCUUUCCUGCUAAAACAAUUACAGAAGAUUUUAAAUAUUGUGCAGAUGUAGCCUGUAGCUUCUCCUGGUUUGGAUUCCCUCAGGUUUAAUUCUUUAAGACGUUUUUAUCGGCAAAAUAUCCUCCACUCCAAAAUAAACAGACCUGGUGAUGAUAACUGGUAAAACACUGAAUAAAGUGGUUUCAUGUUAAAAAAAUCUGUGUUUCUCCAACACAGUAUUUCCUGCAGAGGCUGCAACCUGAGAUGAUAAUUGUUCAGCUUUUUCUCUGACAACUUCAGAUCCAGAUGUGAGAUUUCUAUAAACCUUUAUCUACUUUAAUUUUAGUGUUACAAACCACCAAGAUCUAUAAAGUGCAUUAUAAAAAUGUGGCUUAAAACUGGAUUAAAUUCAGUUUAUGACAGCUUCUGGCAGACAGUGCUGACACCUGCACAAAGGAGAUAUGACCCUACUGACAGGCGACCAAAUUGAACUAAUCAGACAAAUAAGACAUUAUUUUAUCUAAAACGAUACCCAGCCCAUCUGAUAAGACCUAUCUCUCUUUUACCUACUGAACUUUUGUUGACUGAUCAGAGAAUGAUGCUGUAAACCAUGUGAACUUUUAGUAAAGAUUUAUGAAA